ACUGCAGCAGCAAUGUCACAGCUGUAUUACGGCAACACUGACAGCUCCUUGUACAGGGACAGCAUCCCCCUGCGGAUCGUGAGGGCCGAGUCCGAGCUCUCUUCCCUGGAGAAGGCCUACCUGGGGGAAGUCGAUAAGGGGGACUACGCCAGCGUGAAAGAAGACCUGGAGGAUGCUGAGAUUUAUUUCAGGAUCAACAUUAACUGCAUCGACCCCCUGGGACGCACGGCCUUACUCAUCGCCAUCGAAAACGAGAACCUGGAGAUCAUCGAGCUGCUGCUCAGCUAUAACGUGUACGUGGGGGAUGCCCUGCUGCACGCCAUCCGCAAAGAGGUGGUGGGCGCCGUGGAGCUGCUGGUCAAUCACAAGAGGCGUGGGGACAAACAGAUUCCACCAAUGCUGCAAGACAAGCAGUUUUCAGACUUCACCCCGGACAUCACUCCAAUCAUCCUCGCGGCCCACACCAACAACUACGAGAUCAUCAAACUGCUCGUGCAGCGAGGAGUUUCCAUCCCUCAGCCGCACGCCGUACGCUGCAACUGCGUGGAGUGCGUCUCCAGCUCAGACGUGGACGUCCUGCGUCAAUCUCGCUCCCGUCUGAACAUCUACAAGGCCCUCGCCAGCCCGUCCCUCAUCGCCCUCUCAAGCGAGGAUCCCUUCCUCACGGCUUUCCAGCUCAGCUGGGAGCUGAAGGAGCUCAGCAAAGUGGAGAAUGAGUUCAAGUCAGAGUACGAGGAGCUCUCCCGUACGUGUAAACAAUUUGCAAAAAGCCUACUUGACCAAACCCGAAGCUCUAAAGAGUUGGAGACAAUCCUCAACUACCGAGAUGACAUAAAUCCCCUGCUGGAUGACAAUAAUGACCUGGCACGACUUAAACUGGCUAUCAAAUACAGCCAGAAAGAGUUUAUCGCGCAGCCCAACUGUCAGCAGCUGCUGGCGUCUCGGUGGUAUGAUCAGUUCCCGGGCUGGAGGAGGCGUCACUGGGCAGCAAAGUUCCUCACCUGCAGCUUCAUCGGCCUCCUGUUUCCGCUGCUGUCCAUCUUCUACCUGAUCUCUCCAAAGAGCUGCUAUGGCUUAUUCAUCCGCAGGCCUUUCAUCAAGUUCAUCUGUCACACCGCCUCCUACCUGACCUUCCUCUUCCUGCUCUUCUUGGCCUCGCAGCACAUAUCCAAUUCACAGCGGGACUGUCAGGGCCCAGCCCCCACCAUUGUGGAGUGGAUGAUCCUGCCUUGGGUGCUUGGUUUUAUAUGGAUGGAGAUCAAACAGAUGUGGGAUAAUGGUUUCCAGGACUACAUAGACGACUGGUGGAACCUAGUGGACUUCAUAAUGAACUCCUUGUAUCUUGCAACCAUUUCUCUGAAGCUUGUUGCCUAUGCAAAGUACAGUGGGUUUAAAUACAGAGAAGACUGGGAAAUGUGGCACCCGACUCUGGUGGCAGAGGCCUUGUUCGCCAUUGCCAACAUCUUCAGCUCGUUGCGCCUCAUCUGCCUUUUUACUGCCAACUCCCAUCUGGGGCCCUUACAGAUCUCGCUGGGUCGAAUGCUCCUGGACAUCCUCAAGUUCCUCUUCAUCUACUGCCUGGUGCUUGUAGCCUUCGCCAACGGCCUUAACCAGCUGUACUUUUACUAUGAAACAGAAGAGGCGGUUUGCAAGGGGAUUCGCUGCAAGGACCAGAACAAUGCCUUCUCAACGCUGUUCGAAACGCUGCAGUCGUUAUUUUGGUCCGUGUUUGGCCUGAUCAACCUCCACGUGACCGAUAUGAAUGGAACGGACCAUCAAUUCACUGAGUUUGUGGGCAGCACCAUGUUCGGCACAUACAGCGUGAUCUCCCAGAUCGUGCUUCUGAACAUGCUCAUUGCGAUGAUGAACAACUCCUACCAGCACAUAGCUGAUCAUGCUGAUAUAGAAUGGAAAUUUGCAAGAACAAAAUUAUGGAUGAGCUACUUUGAAGAAGGGGGGACUUUGCCGUCUCCGUUUAACAUAAUACCCAGUCCAAAGGCAGUUUUUUAUCUGAUGAGAUGGAUAAAGAUAUUUUUAUUCAGGAGAAAAAGCCUGAAAAUGCACGAUACCUUCGAAACAUUGGGGAGACGUGCGGCUAAAAGUGUAAGAUCAAACCAUCAGUACCAGGAGGUUUUAAGGAACCUUGUGAAGCGAUAUGUCGCUGCGAUGAUCAGAGGCGCCAAGACAGCGGAAGGUUUGACGGAAGAGAAUUUCAAGGAGCUGAAGCAGGAUAUCUCCAGCUUCCGCUAUGAAGUCCUGGGAAUGAUGAAGGGUAAAUCUCAAGGAAGGGCAAGCUCCGCCUUGGCAUAUCCUGGAAACCCGUUCAAAUAUUCUCCCAAAUUCCCCAUUGAUGAGCCGGAACAGAAGCAGAGCAUGUUUGAAGUGGUCACCACCGCCCUACAGAGCGGAGCUUCCAACACCACCGGCUCUGACAGGCUAACCAACGGUGCAGCUGUUCUGUCCCCUACAGGACAGACUCAGGACGAGCUGUCCAAGGAUGUUUCAGAUGAGGGGUCUCAUAACUUUGAAAAAAUAUCAUUGUCACCAAAAGAUUCACUGGGAUCUGGGGGCAAAAAACUAUUUCAGACCGAGAAAGGCUUCCAGAUAAGGCAGAAGAAAAAAAAACUUCCUGGUCCCCAUAAUUCUGAUCAAAAGCCAUGAAUUAUUCCCUGGGAAAAUCCAUGAAAAUAAAUGUCUGGAUCCGCCUCUAGUUUCUAUCUUGACCCAUGUCCUGUCCUUCCGAGUUUCAUUGAAAUCUGUGUGGUAUUUUUUUGCGUAAUCCUGCUGAUACAGAAACAGACCAACUAACAAACAAACCUAACCAGAGCAAAACAUAACAUAACGUGAAAAAAUACAUGUGAAAACGAUUUCUGGACAUUUAAAAACUGGUACAGAUGUGAGUUUUUAGUCAACCUUAAAUAUGCACAGAAGAUGAGCUCUUCUAAAUAACUUACAAAACUUUGUGGCGGCUACAGCAACGGCAUAAUGGCCCGUUCCCCUCAGCCGCGACCAAGGGACAGCCAGGAACAGCUGGUAAUAACCCAGAGUAUCUGAGACAUCUGGGAGUGGAGAGGAGCUCAGAGACGUGUUAGUGGAGCAGGAGCCAGUGCAGUGAUGAGGUGAGAUGCUGUCUCACUUCCUGGUUCCAGAGAGCGGCAGCGUUCUGCAGCAGCUGCAAACGAGACGGUGACGAAAACACAUUAGUCUUCCAAUAAUCUUUUUUGGAGAUUUCAUUCUUUCUCUUGCCAGUUUUGAAAAACAUAUAUUGAAAUAAACUCAUUUUCUCAAGGUAAAGAAUAUUGUAGUUACCUGUCAUAUUCAGUUUAUUACUUGCAUCCUGUCAUGUACACCACGUAUGUUAUUGCAGAUUAUAUCACAUGCAUUCCUCUCCGAUUGGCGGAAUAUGAAAGUACCGAGUGCCGAUUUGAUGCUCAGGGAAUUUGACACAGGUCUGUAACUUGAUUUAUUGUGAGCAACUAAAUCCAAAAAGCGAAGACACCCUGCUGCCUGUCCUCAGCGCCUGCACCUUGAACUGUUCUCUUACUGUGAUAUGCAAAAAAUUAAUCUGUUUCUAAAAAACAAUAUUACUCCUCAUACACUGCCAGUAUCCAUUUUUUUAUUGAUUAUACAGUAAAACAAAAUAACCCUGUGUUAAAACAUGUUUAUUUGUAUAUGUGUGAACUAAUUGAAUAUGUAACUUGGAUACAUUAUCCAGCUGAUAAAUGAGCAAAGCAGCACCGGGCUAAUUCAGUAAAAGAUUCUAAUUGGUUUUACUCCAAAGCGAUCUCCCUUUUCUAGAGUGAGAAAAGUUUUGUUGCAAGAUUUAUUCCUCAACCUUCGCUCGUACACUUUACAACCUCGAAUGCAUAAGAGCCCUGUGGCAACGCGCUGCUGCUGCUGCUGUUGAACAAACUUGUGACAUGUAUUGACAUUACUCUCUGAUCAAAUA